AUGCAUGAGGUUAUCUCUUUAUCAUUCUCCCAAAAAUCAAACAACGUUCUCACUCAUUUCUACAAUCUUCAAGAAUCUCUUCUAUACGAUGGCUCUCUGAGUGGUAAGAUUGACAACGGUAUCCAUUUAUUGCGCAAAAGAGGCAACGACCGAAGAACCUUCAAUUACUAUCCACGAGCAUUACUUUGGGAUUUUUACAAUGGAUUCGGUGCCCUUAGUAAGUACGAAUAUUUCGAACCUAAGAUAGACAUGAAGUCUCUUAGUGAAAAGUUUGACUCGGACACUACGCUUACUACAGAUGAUGAAAAAUUGGGUAAGAAUGGGUACCAGAAAGCUCUAGAUGGAGGAAAAGCAACAGGAGAUCUGGCUGACCAUUCCAGAAUGAAAUAUUGGUCGGAUUUCUCUAAGGUCAUCUAUCGACCCGAGUCCUUAAUGAGGCUUGAUAGAUGGGAGUAUUCGUUUGAUACUCAGCAAGGGCAUCUUCGAUCUCAUCCUGAAAUCCGAUUUGAUCGAUACGACGUGGGCUGUGAUGAAUUUGAUGAGGAUCAUAGUGCUGGAAUAGAUGCCGUAGAGGAUAAUUUCCGUAGGAUAUUGGAGAAUUGCGACACUAUAAACGGUCUUAAUACUAUUACCGAGUUGGAUACUUCUUGGGCUGGAUUCACCAAUAAAUUUCUAACUAUUGUGAAGGAUCAGUAUCUUCCUAAAGCUCCUAUUUUUGUCUGGUCUCUUACGGAUGAUGGUGCUACCAAAUCGUUACCUUUAGUUAGACAGAUUUCUAGAAUUAAGUCACUGGUAGCACUAUUGAACAACUCUUCAUUAUAUAUGCCUGUCAGCACUUAUCCAGAGGAUGUUUUGCCACAGUGGGUGGAUGCUAAGAGCAAUUGGCAGAUAAGCAGUUAUCAAGUGGUACCUAUGGAACUUGUAAACCAAUUGAUUUUACCAUUAGAGAGCUCUCGAAGGGUUAGUCUGAACGAGUUUGCCGCAGGAUUGACUGGAGACAGUACCGAACGCAAUAUCGUCUCUGACAUCAAUCUUCCUAAAGGUUGCAUAUCUUGUAAGAAUACAUUCAGGUCUGCCAAACCUCGAAACACGCAUGUAUUUGGCAAAUCCACCAUUGGAGAUUGUAAGGUGGAUGAUACGGAGUCUUUGAAGGAGUACGGUACUUCAGAAAGAUGUAUAAGAAGAUACAGACAGAAUAUUCCGUUUGAUAAUACCUUGGAUUCGUUUCCUAAACAGUUCAGAGAGGCUACAGAUUCGUUUGAAUGGUGUUCGUUAGAGAUUACCGAUAAACCAAAAGAUUCAUUAGAUGAGAUGCUCCGAAUUGUGUCUAGAUACUGUCGAGACGACGAAAGAGAGGACUUAAAGGAUAGUCUAUCCAAUCUUAAAGAGCAGUACGAAUGGGGAUUUGAAGACGAUGAAGAAUACGAUUAA